AUGGAGAGCAGCCCCAGCUCUUCGAAACGUCAGCCAGAAAAGUCCCCUGAUCCGGUGAGCAAUUCAUUCUCCUCAGAGUCAAGAAGACCAGAGACGGCGGAGGACGCAGGUGGCUGGCGGGGUCGAGCCCGUACCUUGGCGUUCCAAUCCGCACCCCCUGCUUCACAACAAACACUUGACAAGGCUUUUGACCAGCAGCGACACAGAGGGCGUGGAUGCCUGGGGAACCAUGCACACCCAGCGGGAGCACAAGGGCAGCUUCCGGUAGAGGACCAGGGGCCAGAGAACUGCCGCCCACACCACGUUGCAAGGACCAUUGUCCGCAGAUUAUGGCAUAGCAGAUACUUACAAACCUUCGGGCUCCAAUGGACAAGCUAUUGGGUCAGAAAAUAAGCACAAUCGAUCAUCACGAUACAAUAUAUUUGUGGCCGUUCGAAAAACUUCAUUGUCCUACACCAUGUUCCGGGUGAGGCUACAGCAGGAGUUUCAUCACUGUGUGGAUAGACAUCUCAACAGCAUUCCUAAAGUGCCGGCGAAGUAUCAGUACGCUUUAGAAGUUGCUCUCUGUUGCGAUGCAGUCAUUUAAGGACUACAGUAGGUAGGCUAACCUAUGAAAUGUCAACUAAAAUUCGAGAACCAGUUUCCGAUUCAAAAAACCAAUUAACUGGGGUUGUAAAACUAGUCAGCCUGCAACAUAAUCCUAUAACACUGCAGUUACGUUAGGAUUCUGGCUUUCGAAAGACCUUCCUUCCGACUGCAUGCAAAAACUACACUCACUAAAAAAUGACUACUUAAGUGACAUGGAAGAAGCGAAGAAUACGUAUGCUUUAGAAGUUACUCUCCCUUGCGAUGCAGUCAUUCAAGGAUUAACUCAACCUCACUAAAGGCUAAAGAUAGGGAGAAAAGAUGGACAGCAUAUUACCUAAAAUCCUCGUCAGUUUACAGCACAGACCAUAGGGUGUGGUAGUACGCCUAGGUGCUGGUUCACGAAAUGUAAUCCACCUGCGCCCUCUCGCGCCCCCCAUAUCCUUCACUCUGCCUUGACACCGGGCCCAGGUGGUAUGAAGGAGAAGGAGGAGGAGGAGGUAGAGGAGGAGGAGGAGGAGAAGAAGAAGAAGAAGAAGAAGGAAGAGGCGGAAGAGGCGGAAGAGGAAAGAGUGCGAUAG